UCAGAGCAAAGCCGUGAGAACAUUUUUCAAACACAGCUGAAAUGGACUCCAACUCGGUAUACUCUAGCAGCUUCUCAGUCACAAAAAAUGGCAACGUUAUUUCCUUGGUACUUUUCCAGUUACGUCCUUUACACUGCAAUUAAGAAUUCAAAAUGUCUCUCCUUUAUGGAAUAUUACUACCUCAACUACCUUCUAGACAAGAACUCAAAGCCUGGCUGGCCAAGAAUUUCAGCAGUCUCCCAAACUGUCAAGAUACCGUUCCCUUUAAAUUCUCUAGGACUAUUACAGCAGUAUGCUCUUUGUAACUGGUCAGUUUCCUUAAAAAAACAAACAAAAAAAUCCACCACGCAUAAACACAGAAAUAAAAAUCUUUUACACCCUGGGAUUGGCAGGAAGCAGUUAAGGGGCGUAAAAAACGAGAGAGUGAAGCAGCCGGCGUGGUAUUUUAGGAUGACCCCCUGCCAGCCAGCACUGCCGGGCGCGGACGGCGCGUCAAAGGUGGCAUGACUCUGCACAACGACAAGGCCUGACCCUUUUCCGGGGACCAAACAACGUAAGAGGCCCAGCCGGGGCCCUCGGAGGGAAACAAAGAGAGUGACAUCGGGCCGGAUCUGAGCCAUUAAACCGGCCACCGAGUCGCUAGCGCCCGAACUGGCGGGACGCGCAGGCCCCGGGCUCAUCCCCGCUGUCACCGCCGCGUUCAGCCCACGGCCUCCCUCCCCGGCGGAAGACGCGCGCGGCUUGACGCAUGUCCCCCGGCGGCGGCCGCCUCCAUUUUGUCCUGGGUCUCCUCCGCGGGAGCGGCCUGCGCUAUUUUUAACCUCCGACAUGUGAAGCCGGGAGGGGGAGGGGCGUGGGUAUGCCCGGCGCCGGGAGGGAGGCUGCCGGGAGGACCGAGCGUGGAGAAGCGGGAGGCGGCCAAGGUCACCGAAGCCAGGACAAAGGACACGUAGGGGACGAGGCCCGCGGAAACAGCGCCAGGCGACUUCCGGCCGUCACACCCGGAGGACAAAGCUGCGGCGGGCGCGCGGCCCCGGCCCCGCCCUCGGCGCGCGGCCGGCGCCCGCACGGGGGCGCGCACGACGGUUGGAAAUGGCGGUUAGGGGGAGGCGGGGCCGGGGGAGGCCAGGUUCCUCGGCUCUCCCCGCCUCAGGCCACCCCGCCUGCGAGACCGGAGCCGGUGACGCUCCUCUAGGCGGCCUCCUCUCGCGACCCGUUCCUGAUGGCCGGUUGCGGGGCUGGAGAAACAGUGGGUCGGGCCCCACGGAACAAAAGAGGGGGCAACCGCGGGCAUCGGCGCGGCCACAGGAACGCUCCCUAAGAUGGCCGCCGCCGCCGCGCGGGCCUGGGGGCGGAGCCAGCGCCGCUGCCGUCGCGGGCCGGGCCGCGCCGGGCGGACGACUGGCCCCCAUGGCUGCCGCGCCAGAGCCGCACGAGCCGGAGAAAAAGCCCUUUAAGCUCCUGGGCAUUUUAGAUGUUGAGAAUAUUCCAUGUGCACGAGAAUCUGUGCUAUAUGGCUCAUUAGGGUCUGUUGUGGCUGGACUUGGACACUUCUUGGUGACCAGUAGAAUUAGAAGAUCAUGUGAUGUUGGCGUAGGAGGCUUUAUCCUGGUGACUUUAGGAUGCUGGUGCCAUUGUAGGUAUAAUUUUGCUAAGCAAAGAAUCCAGGAAAGAAUUGCCAGAGAAGGAAUUAAAAAUAAGAUUUUAUAUGAAAGCACCCACCUUGAUCCUGAAAGAAAAAUCAAGAGUAACAGCGGCUGAACAAUCUUGAGCUUUAAACUCAAGCAGAACUACUCCUUGGGAAUCAACCACAAAUGAAUGCUGUACAAUAAUUUAAAAACGCUCUCAAUAAAGUUUCUGGACUGUAUGUCUUACACAAAAACCUUUUGUUCUUUACUGCCAGUACAGUAUGUUUAUUAUACAUCAUAGAACUGCCAUGCCAAAAACCAUGGAGUAAAACCUUUCUGAAUAUCAGCUUAAUUAUCUGUGGAUGCAAUAAAGCAAGUGGGACUGAAGGAGAAAUUAUACCUGAACAAGGAUAUAUCCAUUAUUGGUUGGUCCUGUGACUGUGUGUCAAAGGAAGAAUGCCUGAAACUAUUUUCUCCAUCUGUCCUUUAACAGAAAAGACUGCUUUCACCAUGAAGGCCAGAGUGUAGAGACCUGUGUAACUAAGUUUUCACCUGGCAGAAACCUAAGGAUUCAGCCAUUGAUAAAGAUGAAGUCUGCAGUAUUUGUCAACGGCUGUGGACUGUGUAGUUAUGCUGUCAGAUUUAACUUACUGACAAUGAAUUGAUCUGUGUUCCUCCUAGCUUUAUCAUACUGCAAAUUAUAUCUUACCGUGAAAGAGAAACCUCUUGGCUGGUAACAUCUUCACUACUUACAAAGUUCAUUUUCGCAGCAGUGCAACUGGAUAAAAAGAGUCACAAAGCAUUUAGUUUCCUUGACUUGCCCAGAACAUACCAUUAUAUAUGUGUAUAUUAUACACACACACACACACGCACACGCUUUAUCUUAUACUUUGACAGUUUCACCGUAGCCCAGGCUACCUCUGUAUCCCAGGUGCCAACUACUAAUGUUCCACUAAUGCAACCUAUCAUCCCAUCCCAACAGUAUAACAGCUGAAUAACACAAAUCUCUUUGCUUGUCAGAAAUCUUUGCAAACUUUUCAUUUUCCUUGGGAAUGUCUGGUGUGUCUCCUGUACUAGGUGACACUUUCAUUUGUCAGGCCUGCUAUGUAUUUACUAAGUAAAAAAAGGCAAGACAGCAUGCCCACCCCAACCCCAACUUUCACACUGAAAAUUUUAAACUCUACCUACCUUCUAUGCCCUCUGUGUACACUGCUUCCUUCAUUGUUCCGAUAAUCCCGAAAUUUCAUACUAGGUGAUAUAGCAGUAGGUACCAGCUAAAUAGCUGAUUAAAAUAGAAUUGUAGUGUUAGUGGUUUUGAAGCUUCAGAGUAGCUUUUCUACCACUCCUAGGCUGUAUUCCUUUUCCCCCUUCCCUCAAACCCUCCCCUUUGUUUUUCCAUCUCAGUAAAAGGACCUUGGGGAAUUUAACAGGAACAGCUUUUUUCUGGACUUGUGACUUACUGACUGAAUUUGUCAACAAUAAAUCUCAACUAUGCUAAAACCA